AUUAUUAUGAUCAUGCUACUCUCUAUUUGGGCGCUCGGGGCAGCGACGUGAUCGGAUCAGUACAAAUUCUCCGUGUGCUCAUGCUUCUGUGAGUGCAUCUCUCACUCUCUCACGAGCAUUAAGCAUAGCAUUUGACGAAAGUGAGAGUAGCGAGAGGAACAGGCUGAUCGAGAGAGGAGAGCUGGUCGCGAGAGAAGAGACUGAGCUUAGGAAGGCUGACGAGUUCUUUUAAUUCUUAUUGCGUCGCAGUAAACAACCAACCCAUGAGUUCACGGUGAUUUUUCGGUUUUAGUUGUUGUUUUUCUUCGCUCUUCUCUCCCAGCUCCGUCUUUUAUAAAGGAGAUUUUCAAAUGCAGAACUGAAGCCUGAGUUCUUCCGAUGAAAUUUCCUCCCCAGCUUCUUUGAUGUCAGAAAAACACUUCAAUAUUGGAUUCUUGGUGUUAUAAUAGAUUACUCGUGGCUAUCCUGUUACUUCGUGCACCCUUCCAGUUCCGAAAAUGUCCAGGCCCCUCCAUCGAGGUGCAUCUCGGAUCGCUGAGGACAAUCAUGAUUCGUUGGACUCUCAAUCCAAAAAUAAAACAGAAAAAGAUGAUUUGGAUAGAAGGGGUUCUUCAGAUCACAGCCCUUUGGGUUUGAAAUUUCCUCUGCGGUUGCUUUUUACUGAAAAUUCUCACUCUAAAUACGGUAUCACUGAGAAUGGUUUUACAUCUGAUCCCUUCCUUGUUGGCACUCCCCGAAAUCGCCAUAAAUUGGCGGUGCUUUUAUUGAAAAUGAGUUUAGUUUUUAUAGUCAUACUCGCUCUUACUGGGUCUUUUUGGUCCAUCUCAAUUUCUACCUCAUCAAGAGGUCACAUUUACCAUGGUUAUAGAAGACUCCAAGAGAAACUAGUAUCUGACCUGUUGGAUGUUGGAGAGUUUUCCCGUGGUCCAUCAAAGAUGAAAGAAUUAGAAUUCUGUUCUCAGGAGUUUGAAAACUAUGUUCCUUGCUAUAAUGUUUCUGAGAAUCAAGCUUUGGGUUAUUCUGACAACAAUGAGUUUGACCGGCAAUGUGGCCAUGAGCUCAGACAAAGUUGUUUAGUUCUCCCGCCAGCAAAUUACAAACUUCCACUUAGGUGGCCUACUGGAAGAGAUGUUAUAUGGAUUGCCAAUGUUAAGAUCACAGCACAGGAGGUUCUUUCUUCAGGGAGCUUAACCAAGAGGAUGAUGAUGCUGGAUGAGGAGCAAAUUUCCUUUCGUUCAGCCUCUCUUAUGUUUGAUGGUGUUGAAGACUACUCGCAUCAAAUUGCAGAAAUGAUUGGACUUAGAAAUGAAUCAAACUUCAUACAAGCUGGGGUUAGAACCAUACUGGACAUAGGAUGUGGAUAUGGUAGUUUUGGAGCCCAUCUCUAUCAAAGUCAACUCCUAACGAUGUGCAUUGCAAACUAUGAGCCCUCAGGCAGCCAAAUUCAGCUUACACUUGAGAGAGGUCUCCCCGCUAUGAUUGCUUCUUUCACUUCAAAACAGUUGCCAUAUCCAUCACUUUCCUUCGACAUGUUGCAUUGUGCAAGAUGUGGCAUUGAUUGGGACCAGAAAGAUGGCAUUCUUUUGGUUGAAGCCGAUAGACUUUUAAAACCAGGCGGCUACUUUGUCUGGACUUCGCCACUUACAAAUGCUCGUAACAAAGAGAAUCAGAAACGGUGGAUAUUUAUCCAUGAUUUUACUGAAAAUCUUUGCUGGGAAAUGCUGUCGCAGCAGGAUGAAACAGUUGUGUGGAAGAAAACUAGUAAUCGAGAUUGCUAUAAUUCAAGAAAGCCUGGUUCUGGGCCCUCUCUGUGUAUGAAAAGUCAUGAUGUGGAGUCCCCAUAUUAUCGGGAACUGCAAAACUGCAUAGGAGGAACCCACAGCCGCCGCUGGAUUUCUAUUGAAGAGAGGGGAACUUGGCCUUCUCGGGCUAACUUGAACAAGAAGGAACUCAGCAUCCAUGGGUUGCAAUCUGAAGAAUUUCUUGAGGACUCUGAAAGCUGGAGAACUGCAGUCCAGAAUUAUUGGUCUCUUCUGUCGCCUCUAAUAUUCUCUGAUCAUCCAAAGAGGCCUGGUGAAGAGGAUCCUCCACCUCCUUACAACAUGCUCAGAAAUGUGCUUGACAUGAAUGCUCAUUUUGGUGGUUUCAAUUCUGCAUUGUUACGAGCUAGAAAGUCUGUGUGGGUAAUGAAUGUUGUUCCAACCAGCGGACCAAACUACCUUCCAUUGAUCCUGGACAGGGGAUUUGUCGGUGUUUUGCAUGAUUGGUGUGAGGCCUUUCCAACGUACCCUAGAACCUUUGACUUGGUGCAUGCAGCAGGUCUUCUUUCCCAAAGAACUGCUCAGCAGCAUAGAUGCACGAUGCUUGACCUCUUCAUUGAGAUUGAUAGAUUACUUCGUCCGGAGGGUUGGAUUAUAAUCCGCGACACAGUUCCGUCAAUAGAAACAGCAAGAGCUCUAACAGCACGGCUGAAGUGGGAUGCGCGAGUCAUAGAGAUUGAAAGUGACAGCGAUCAGAGACUCCUGAUCUGCCAGAAACCGUUCUUUAAGAGACAGGCAAACUAAGCAAUUGAAGAGAGGACCUGAAGUUUUAGAGACCAUACUAUUCAUUUUCAUUAUCUAGAUGUUCAUUUACUUACAGCUCCAUAGAAAGUGGGGAUUGAAUUUUUUUUUUUUUGGGAACCGAAGAAAGCCGGGGGAAAAAAAAAACAAUAGAGGAAACAGUGGAUCGUGAUGAAUGAUACAAAUCAAAUCCUAUGCAGUCCUAAGGUUUGCAUAGGACCCUGUAAUUACUAAAGGAGGUGCAGAGCGGGCGAGGAAGUAUACUGGUAGAUUUUUUGCUUUCAAUGUAAUAUUAUUACAGUUACACAGCCUCAUGAUUAAGAUUGUGAAGGUGAUAAUAGAAUAAAUUCUUACUGGUCGCCUCGGUGUAUACAAUGCACAGCGGUUAAUUCA